AAGAACAAACAGAACUUCGCUCCGCCACCCAUUAAAGCCACAGACAGUGAUAUCCUCUCGUAGUCUCAACCCACACUGUGUUUUUAACCCUCUGUCGCUGCUUUUAACGGGAAAGUUUCCGUUUGUAACCUUUUGUUACGUACCGUUUUAACCUUUGAACAACGAGGACACAACAACGGGAGACUCGCGUGUUUACGUCACGGUGCCAGUGAAAGCUCAUUUUCGGUUUCGGACUUUUUAGCGUGAAACAAAAAAAAAAAAAAAAAAAACUGCAAUAAUGAGGGCUGAAAUAUGAGCGUAAACCACAGACGAAAGUUGUUUCACACCGCAGGACAAAAUGGACCAACUACAGGAGGAGCUGAAGCAGAUCACUGUAUGGUUUAAUGAGGAGGGACUUGCUCCUGACUCCCCUAAGGAGGCUCAGCUGUGUUUGCUUUGGCGAGACCUCCAGCGCACAAGAAGCCGUCUAAGCAGUGUAACAUGGGACCUGGACACCCAGCGGUCCCAACACUUGGCGGAGAUGGAAGAGGUACGCAAGUCCUUGGAGCAGAUCCGAAUCUUUACAGAGCACAAAGGUGUUCUGGCUCAGGAGAUACAAGAUGAAAAUGAUCAGCUCAAGGAUCAGCUGCGACGCAUCAUAUCUCUUCAAGAUGCCCAGAUCAGUGAGGUGGCUAAAAUGCUGUACCAGCAGGGUCUCACAGAGUUGAUUCACAGCAGCCCCAGUGAGCAGGUGGCCUACCUCCUGGUGGAGAGAGCUUCUUUACUUGAGACAAGUGAGGCUCCUGACCAGCUGACGGGUGAUGGAAACACAGCCAUGCUGGGGACCGAAGCCCAAGGGCUGGACACCAAUGCACACCAGUCUUGCCACAAGGGGGCACCACGUCAUGGCCAGAGCCCGUGGAAGAGACUCUUUGGACUCCACAAAGCUUCACAGAGCAAACAUACUUUUAUUCCUGCUGAGGCCAGGCAUUUAGCCGGCCAGGCAAGCAGUGUGGAGAGGAAAUGUUCUCGUCUGGAGCGGGACCUGGAGGAGGGCUCCCGCCGGCUGGCCAUGGCCCACAAUGAGAUCAGGCGUUUGACUGAUGAGCUGGAGUCUGCUCAUUUGACUCAAAGAGCUUAUGAGCCUGAGCUGCAGGCAGCCCAGCAGGAGGUAGAGCAACUCAGAAAGGAAGUAGAAAAACUGAAGAAAUAUGAAAUGGUGGAACUGCGAAAGGCCAAAGAGCUGAACGAUCGUCUGGAUCUUGAGAUCAGGGCCUUGAGGAGCAGGGUACGCGCCCUGGAUGCCGAGAAAAGCUCUCUACAGCAGAUGGUUGUAUCUCUGCAGAGCGAGGUGGAGCAACUUGAGUCAGCCCUGCAGGAGCAGCAGCAGCAGCAGACUGAGCAGCAGCUCCUGAACUUGCAGGUUCAGGCUAAUGAGUUAGCUAAAUCUCAGGCAACUGAAUUGAUUCAGAGCAAUGCAAUCUGUAGAGAUUUAAAAAAUAAGCUCAGCACUCAGACGAGAUGCCUUUUGGAGAAGGAGUCAGAAGUACAUUUCCUUAAGCAGCAGCUUGAUAAUUCCCAUAAAGAUCUGGAUAACCUUAUAGCUACCAUCUGCACCAAAGAGAACGAUGUUCAGGAUCAAAAGCCGUGGAAGCAAAAAGAGGACAAUUCACAGCAAUGUGGAAACACUCACUGUCAGCUGACAGACUCCUUUGCGACAGAAGAUAAAGAGCUGUGUAAGGAGUGUCCUGAUUAUCAAGAAGCAGCGAAGAUUCAGUGUGAGACACUCAAGAAGGAGAUCUGUGAAACACUUAAAUGCCUCGACAAAGAGCGGAGUAAAUACCACGAGAUGAAGAAAAAACACAAGGCGAAACUGUGUCGAGCCAAAGAGAAAUUUGAUGAUGAAACCACAUGGCGUGAUGAGAAGAUAAAAAAUCUAGAGCGAGAACUGUCAUUGUGUUCCCAUUCAUUAGCAAAGGAAAAAGAACUUACCGUAAAAAUAACUGUGGAAAAUGACAAACUACUUGUUGAGAGGAGGAGACUUCUACAACAGCUAAAUGAGGAAGAGCACAACCAGAAGGACAGUUAUCUAACAGCUUCUUUGUCCAAAUGCAGGGUGGAUUUUCUAGAGAUGGAAAACAAGAAACUAGGAAACAAAAUAGUCCACAUGUCCAAUCAGCUAGCUGUCGUGGAACGCAGCCUGCAAACCAUGCAGUCACUUCACUUUGCUGAGGAAUUAAAGAAAAUUUCUACUCCUACACCGGUUUUUAAACAUCUGCCUGUGCCAACUCCAAGUGUGAUGAUGCCUGAGCCGCCAGAAAUUCAAGGCGUAUUGGAGAAUACUCAGAGAAAGACAGACGUGACUUCUUCCACACGCUGUUUGAUCUCUGGGCCCCUGUCUCGAUCCACAGAGAUGGGCUACCUGAACCUGACCUCAGCUCAGAGCAGCUCAGACCACUCGACUCCCUCUGCUGCCCUCAGCAGCUCAUGAAUAUACUGUACAGAAACAAUUUUAUUUGUAAGUAAUUUUAAUUAAUAAACAAAACAAUAUUUUACCUUUCUCUGUCCUUUCCUUCCCUUUUAAUUUAAUUAUCAAGUUCAUACUGAACACAAUAAAAAUCUGGACCACCCCAAAUCAACAAUAGUUUCUUAUAUAAUCAAAUAUUUGGAAGAUUUCUAUUGAAAACAAAUCUAUAUAUCUUAUCUAUAUAAAUGUCUUUUAGCUGUUGCAACUGCACACUUGUCGUAAGGGCUUAAAACCUCACCUAAUUAAUAAGUCUAUAACACUGAAUC